UGAUUUAAUCUUUGCCUACGCUUGGGUUAACCUUUGGAUUGGAUAUGUCUGUCUGACAUUUUUUAUUGCAAAUUCAAUACUGUCAGUUAUUGUAGUAUUUUUGUAAUAUUUAUGUCAAUAUUUCACAAACAUUAUGGUGUACGUGAUUAUAUCGAUGGAAAACAACAAAUAGUUCCACAUUUCAAUAGUCAGUUCUUGAGAACAAAAAUCGCCGCCAUCUCUGUUUGUGUUUAUCUCUUCUGACUUCUGAAUAAUUUCUAAAAUGUCGGGCGAUCACAAAACAUUUUUGAAGGGAAGCCCUUCACAGUAUGUAAAGUUAAAUGUGGGAGGGACAUUGUUUUAUACAACAAUAGGAACGCUGACUAAGAGUGAUAACAUGCUGAGAACCAUGUUCAGUGGCAGGAUGGAAGUAUUAACUGAUUCCGACGGUUGGAUUUUGAUCGACCGGUGCGGCAAACAUUUCGGUACUAUAUUAAAUUACUUGCGCGAUGGGUCAGUUGCGUUACCGGAGAGUUUCCGUGAGACCAUGGAACUGCUCGCCGAGGCUAAGUAUUUCCUGAUCGAAGAGCUUACAGAAGCCUGUUUGCAAGCUUUGAAUAAGAAGGAAAGAGAUGCUGAACCCAUUUGCCGAGUACCUUUGAUUACCUCACAAAGGGAGGAGCAAUUGCUUAUAAUGUCUACAUCAAAGCCUGUGGUGAAGCUGCUGAUUAAUCGCCAUAACAACAAGUAUUCAUAUACCAGCACUUCAGAUGAUAAUUUGCUUAAAAACAUUGAACUCUUUGACAAGCUCUCGCUACGCUUUAGUGGAAGGGUGCUUUUCAUCAAGGAUGUCAUUGGUUCUACUGAAAUCUGCUGUUGGUCAUUCUUUGGUCAUGGAAAGAAAUGUGCUGAAGUUUGCUGCACAUCUAUUGUUUAUGCUACUGAUAAAAAGCACACCAAGGUUGAGUUCCCUGAGGCCAGGAUUUAUGAAGAGACAUUGGGCAUUUUGCUUUAUGAGAGUAGAAAUGGACCUGAUCAAGAUUUGAUCCAAGCGACUUCAUCUCGUGGAGCUGUUGGAGGGCUAUCAUGCACUAGCGAUGAGGAAGAGGAGCGCUCGGGUUUGGCCCGACUCAGGUCCAACAAGCAAAAUAAUCAGUCUUAGCGGUUACAGUCAGGCCUGGCCCGCCUACGCAACUCAAAGAGGACAAAUGUCUGAUACGCAGCUGGCAACGAUUUAUCGUAUGGCUGUCCACCUUGCUUCAUUCUGUAAUCCUUUACAGUGCUAUAGACCCUUUUGCUGAAUUUUAUAACAUGUUUCAAGUAUAGGUGGCAUUUGUGACUAGACUCUGAUGAACUAUUUACCUAAACUAUUUACUUAAUGUGUCUACAUAUCUAUGAUAUAUUUAAACGUUUUAUGUAUCUUAAAUAUUAUAUAGAUGUAGUAUAUUAAAAAUAACUAGCAAGAUGUACUUUAUAUUUAAAUUUGUAAUGUCAUAAAUAUACUUCGGUCAUUACAAUGUAUCACUUGAAAUUAAAAUGUGUAUGUAGUGCUUUAAAAUUAUCUGUAUUUGUAUGCAGAUUUAAGUGAACUUUAGUGGAAAACAUGUAAAGAUGAAUAUGUAAUGGCAUAGGUUAACAUAAAAAGAAGAAUGUGAGUUGGUUAAAAGCACUGACUCCUAUACAUGGACAGGCUAUAAGCCAUAGUAAUGUGUACCUAUUUGAUUUUCGUCAUUUUGGCAGUGACAGUUGCGAUUGGUAAUAGUGGUGAGGAUUCAAACUAAUAUAAAAGGUAGUGUCAGUAAUGUUAACAGGCACACUUAAGUUGGAACCAAACAAAAGCUUUCAUUUAUUCAAACCAACAACAAUCAAACAAGCAACUACCAUUUAUGGAGAUCAGUGGUUGAAAGCCAUUAUCAUGUUUAUUCCAGAAAAAAUCUUCAUGGAUCUAUGGAUUUAUAGCAAACAUAGCAUAACAUAGCGUACAUAACUUAUUGGAAUUUUAAAUGUUCUUUGUAGUCAAAUAGAUUGUAUAAAGCAAACUUUAAAGUACAUUGUAUGAAAUAUUGUAGAAAAAUUGCAUGUACUAAAUUUAUAUUGACUAUAGCUCAAAUAAAUUGCCAAAUUGAUGUGUUAACUAUAAUAAGUAAUGUCUUAGGUGCAAUAUUUAUCUUAACUUUCAUAACUUAUAAUAAUGUUCAUAUUUUUUGAUCAAAUAAAUCUACAUUUCUUCCUUC